AUGGUGUCUGCUUUGGUACAGAACGGACUGGAUGAUGAGGCUUUGAUGCUUGUAUAUGAGAUGCAAAAGCUUAGGGUUGCAAUUGAUGAGAUAACAAUCACCAUCCUGCUUUCUGCGGCAUCAAAUCUUAGGGACAGGGAAAUUGGUAAACAGACCCAUGCUUAUCUUUUGAGGCACAAUAUUCAAUUUGAAGGGAUGGAGAGUUACCUGAUAGACAUGUAUGCCAAAUCUAAUAUGAUUAGAGAAGCACAAGCAAUAUUCCAGUCGAAUGUCACAAAUGAUAAAGAUCAAGCCACGUGGAAUGCUAUGAUUGCUGGAAACACUCAAAAUGGAUUAAUUGAACAAUCCUUUGUUGUUUUCAAGGAGAUGCUUGAGCAGAAUGUGAAGCCAAAUGCUGUGACCUUAGCAUCAAUCCUCCCAUCAUGCAGCCAGUCAGGAAGUAUAGCAAUAGGCAAGCAGCUACAUUGUUUUGCGAUUCUCAAUUUCUUUGAGAACAAUGUUUAUGUUAUUUCUGCUUUGGUAGACAAGCAUUCAAAAUCAGGAAUCAUUGAUUAUGCUGAAAGUGUUUUUCUAAAAUCUCCUGAAAAGAACUCUGUGACAUAUACAAAUAUGAUUUUGGGAUAUGGCCAGCAUGGGAUGGGUAGGAAAGCUCUAACACUGUGCUACUCUUUGCGGCAGAAUGGUUUAGAACCAGAUGAUGUUACCUUUUUAGAGAGUGUAUCAACCCAAACUCUUUAG